GUUCUCUUUCAAGAUGCCGAUGUGUUGACACUCCAUGGUAAAAGACGAAGUAGCAGUAAAGAUGGUGGUUAGUAGUUAAAUUUUAAAUUAAAUUAGGAAUAACCAAAUGUGAUGAUUCGUGAAUUCACGGUCUUUGGUAAAUUUGUAGCAUCCUGAGGGUGUGAUGGCGUCAAAUAGCGAUGGUAGUGGAAGCAAUGGUACUUCGCCGAGAAACUUAAGCAUAAAUGCUUCAAGAGACUAUGACACACUCAAACAACAAUACGAAAAAGCUAACAGUGAAUUAAGCAACUCGAGAAGACGUUGCGAUCAUGCUCUCAAUGAUCUGGACUACUUUAGGGAACAACACAGAGCGGCAAUGAACCAGCUAGAAGUCUCGUCUCAAGACUCGGCCUCUCUCAGAACAAGAUACUCAGAAUUGUUAAGCGAAAAACAGAGAUUAGAACAAGAAAAUCAGAGAUUAAGAAAAGAGUUAAAUGAGGUGCACCGACAACAGCAGGAUGUUGUUUUGCUUGCAGAGAAUGGAAAUUCAGAUUCUUUAUACAUUUCACAUUCACAGGCUUUAUCAAAGUUGGAACUGGCAAAAGAUGAGAAUAACCGGUUAGCGAAGCAGUUUGAACAGGAAAGAAACAACGCACAACGUGAGAUCGACAGUUUGAAGCAACAGGUGCUCAAAUACUACAAAGCCCACCAGAAAGUCCAACAACAAUAUGAGGAAGCCGAGAAGCAGAUCGUUGCAAUAAAAAUCAAAGCAAACAAAGAAGUGAAACGCUUAACCGACGAACGGAACGCAACUCUAGCCGAAUACACUUUAGUCAUGAGCGAGAGAGACCAAGUCCACAAAGAAAUGGAAAAAUUGAGCGACGACUUGGCCCAAGCCCUGAAAAAGGGCAAAAUGUUGGACGCCGACAACCAAGAACUAGUCGGCGAGAAACAAGCAAUUGGGUACCAGUUAGAAUCGCUCCGGCGCGAAAUCGCAAGCGCCCUCUACGAACGCGAUAAAGCCUUAAAGGAGUGCGCCGACCUUCGCGAAAAGUUCGGCGAGUUGGGGGCCUCCAACGACGAUAAUCGCCGGAGGGAGCAGACGAGGUCGCGGCACUUGGAAGGGUUGGGAGGUCCUUGCGAAAAUGUGGGUCGGAAGGAUGCCCUCCAAUCGGACGUGCGGACGAUUGGCCAAAGGCAAAGGCUUGAUAAUUUGGACCAAGCCAAUCAAGAGUUGGAAUCGCUACGCAAGAGUUUAGAUAAGGCGCAGACUGAGUUAUCGGAGGCCAUCCAAGAGGCGGAAGUGUCGAAAGGGAGAAGGGACUGGGCUUUUUCCGAGCGUGAUAAAAUCGUCCAAGAGCGCGAAAGCAUAAGGACUUUGUGUGAUAACAUGCGGAAGGAACGCGAUCGGGCCGUUUCGGAACUUGCCGAAUCGCUCCGGGAGUCGGACGCGUUGAAGAAGCAACGGAACGAGCUCCUUAAGGAAGUCAAGGCUUUAAAGGAGAUGCUUGAGGCGCAUAUUGUUGAUCAUGAUGACGAUCAUUUCAGCGAUAUUGACGACAGUACCGAGAUAUUGGAGGUUGAGUUGACUUGUGACGGGGCGUCUGAUUUGGGAUUAGAGUUGGCUGGGGGUCGUGAUGAUCCCCAUUUUCCGGGAGACGGCGCUGUGUAUGUCGCUGCUGUGGCGGAAGGCGGAAUAGCCGACGGGAAAUUGCGACCAAACGAUCGCAUUUCCAGAGUCAACGAUGUCGAUUGUAGUGCUGUCUCACGGCGGAUGGUCAUUGAAGCUAUUAGGGCUAGUCUCCCUGUGGCUAGAAUCGUGGUUAGUCGGAGACGCCGACGGGGGCCUAGCCCUUCACCUAGUAUCGCUUCACAGGUGACCAAAUGGGUUCAUACCGCUCGUUUGGUUCCUGGCUGCCACGGUCUUACCCUAAACACCGGGGUUUACAUUAGUAGAAUUAGCGACGGGAGUCUCGCCGCUAAAGACAAGAGUCUCUCAGUCGGGGACCGAAUACUCCGAAUCAACGAAAAAUCAAUGGAUGAUAUAGAAAGCAUCCAUGAAGCCAUGCGAGUCCUUAACGACGACUCCGUCGACGUUAUCACCGUCACAGCGCUGAAGAUAAGCCACCCCGAGUGUCCCAACGUUUUCACUCCUGUCCGCCGUCACAAGCGCGAAAAUCGUAGCUCGCAGACGGACGAACACGAUUAUCUCUCCAACCAGCAAGAGAAAAACAACGGCGGGGCGUGGUUUAAAGAGAAGAUUGAUCUGAUGAGAGGUAGACGUCAUGCCAAAGAUAACGAUAAGAAAAAGUAUCGGAACAGUUCGCCCAGUCCUUUGGAAUUGGCCGAUCCGGAGCAAGCCAUCGCCGAACUGGACUUGGUUUUGGACAGUUAUAGAGGGAAUGCCAACGUCGGAACUGUGAAACGAACGAAACGAGGGACGAAGGAACAGGAGAAGAAUGGAGGAACCUGGCCCAAGGCGAAAGCCACGGCGUUGCUUCAGCCAGUCCUUGGAAGUACCGUGGUGGUACGCAACAAGGAACGGCCUCCUCUGAGUUUGCUGAAGGAGGCAGGCGCCGAAUAUCACAGAAACUCCACUCCUGUGCCACUGCCCAUAGCUUCGGUGGGUCCGCGGGCGACCAACCGCCACUCCGUCUACAAAAGCGUAGACGGCGGUGGUUCCCACUUUAGCACCACCGGGGAUUCCUUCGAAAAACUUCGUUUAGCCCAAUCAAACCGCCUAAGUGCCAACAUGAACUCGGACAACAGUCUCGACUACCCCGUCCAUCGCUACGCCGAUAAGGACAUCCACACCUACUACAAGAAAAACAAGCUCGGGAAAUACGCCUUUGACUGUGAUCGCGACAGUGUCGUCGGCCACACUGAGUCUUCCCAAGGGAACAGCUCCGUCCCCACUUCCCACAGCCGCAUCCACAGCCAGUUCUGGGUGCCCCCUCGAACUUACUACCCGUUCCAUCCACACCCUCACGUCGAUUUCGAGCAUUCGAUCCACCACACACACAGUCCUUCGGUAGACGGCGCCAGUCGCAAGGCAAUCAACCCCGCCGGUCCGAUGCCAUACCGAGAGACGGAUCUUCUGGAAGGAGGGACGUUUCCGCGGAAAAACCAACGAUUCGUAGUGCCCUCGAACCCGAGCAUCACUUCGAAAGUCAGUACCGGGAGUAUAGAACGCAGCUCGGAACGGGGCAGUCCCAUGCCCAUUUUUCACGUCGAAGUUUUGAGCCCGGGCGAGGCCGGGAGUAGCGGCAAAGAGUGCUGUUCGUGGGUCGGAGGCCAGUAUAAGCCGCUCCCGGGGGAACUUCGACGCGUGCACAUCGACAAAUCGAACGAACCGUUAGGAAUUCAAAUCAAUUGUCGCGAAAGUGGCGGGAUUUUUGUGUCAACUGUGAAUGAUAAUAGUUUAGCGAGUCGCGUGGGGUUGCAAAUCGGGGACCAGCUGCUGGAGGUGUGUGGGAUUAAUAUGAGGAACGCCACGUAUAACCUGGCGGCGAAUGUGUUGCGACAGUGCGGGAAUUCCAUCACUAUGCUGGUGCAAUACAGCCCUGAUAAAUACAACGAAUUGGAAGGGUCAGGUUCUUGUUCCGGCUCUAGUUCAAACGACGACGAAGGUGAUGGCGAAACCACACCGUGUAACUCGCCCAAGGAAAUCCGAAAAUCUCAUCCAGUUGGCAUAACUAAGUUACCACCGCCCACUUCGUUAUUAAGGGUUGGGCAGCAGACCUCCUCACUACAAAGGCAAAAUAACAGCUCCAGGGACGAUGAUGAGCCCCGUUUUCUCUACAUCGAGACGCUGAAAACGUCCAAUUUGGGGAUUUCCCUAGUCGGGGGCAACGCCGCUGGCAUUUUUAUUCAUUCGGUCCAGCCCGAUUCUCUAGCAUACCAUGCCGGUUUACGCACCGGUGACCAAAUCCUGGAAUACAACGGGAGCGACCUCCGCAAUGCCACGGCCGAAGAAGCGGCCUACGAAUUGGCCAAACCGGCCGAUAAAGUCACCGUUUCGGCCCACUACCGCAUCGAUAGAUACAACGAAAUCAAAGACAAACCGGGCGAUAGUUUGUACGUCCGUUGCGGUUUCGACCGCUCGGGAAACGAACACACGGAACCACCUCAACUCGCUUUUGCCAAAGACGAUGUCCUCUAUGUCGACAAUACGAUGUUUAACGGAGUUCCAGGUCAAUGGCGUGCUUGGAGGUUGGAUAAUGAGGGUCGCCGCCAGCAGUGCGGAGUGAUCCCUAGUAAAUAUAAGGUUGAGGAGGAGAUGCUCCUACGGAGAGGUGCCGAUUUGGACCAAACCGGACGCCCGGUUUCGGUCGGAUCGUCCAUAGCCCGUCGGAGUUUCUUCCGGCGGAAAAAGCACCAACGCCAUUCGAAAGAACUGGCCAGUUUUUGCAGCCUCGCGGGACCUGGGUGGUACUCCGACGGCGGGUCUUUGCACGAGGAGCCGGCGCCUCCCCCGGCUUACCAGCGCGUGGAGAGGCUGCCUUUCCCCGAGUUUCGGCCGGUUUUGGUGCUGGGCCCUUUGGCCGAAUGUGUGGUGGAUAAAUUAGUGAGUGAUUUCCCGGAUGAGUUCGGGCGGGCACCUGCAGAGACCCGGCGCUGCUCCCAGGCGCAGCUUGACCGGGAGUUGGCCGAUGGCCACCUGGUGGAGUACCGCCGACGGGGGAGCUGCUGGGAGUGCGUCACUGUGGCCGCAGUGAGGCAAGUCUCCAGAGCUCACCUCCAUUGUAUGUUGGACGUGGCGGCAAGCAGUGUCGAGCGGCUCCAUCGGCAUGGUAUAUACCCGGUGGUACUCCUCAUCAAGUUCAAGAGUACCAAGCAAAUCCGGGAGGUGAAGGACGCCCUGAGGUACAGCUUGGAUAAGUUGUCGGGCAAAGCAGCGAAGGAGAUGUUCGAGCAUGGGCAUAAACUUGAAGCUGAGUACCGGCAUUUGGUGACCGCUGUUGUAGCAGCUGGAGCGAAUGUGGCACAUGUUUGUGCUCAGGUUAAAGCCGCCGUUGAUGCGGAACAUAGGAAGAGUCAGUGGGUUCCGGUCGGCUGAUUCAUGUCAAUUAAAUAUGUGCCUAUUUUUCACUUUUAUAACAUUUGUACUCAUACUUGAUAAUUAGUUUUGCUUGAAUUUACAGGAUACAUAAUCAGCAGUUUUGUUAAAUUUAUAACUGUUUUAGCUCGCACUGUUAAUCAGUAUUUUAUAUUUUAUUUUUUGACUUUAUUAUAUUGUACAUAUACAGUUUAGGUAAUCUAAGGUGGUUGUAUAUUGUUUCUUUACUGUGAUUAUUUUAUUGUUCUUAUAUUUCUUUUAAAGAAAAUAAAUGUUUCAAACAUUA